AUGGUCCCCACCGGCGCGAGCUUGGCGUCCUGGCGCACCAAUGUCGGUUCUCACAGUUGGGAGGAAUUCAAGCGACAAAUCGUCUACCUGCUCAGUACCCCCUGUCCGUUAUUUGCGCAAAUGUUAGCCUGCGAGUUGGAGAAGAACACGAUCAAAUGGCAACUCAUUCUUUCCGGUAGUAGGGUCUUUGGUCCAAAGAAGAAUUACUUUGCGACGGGCGAUCAGGACUUAUAUGAGUUUGCGGGUGCCAUUCAGGAUAAUCCGAAAGCCGCGGUCACGGUUAAGCUAGUGAUGGAUGAUCCCCAGGCGAAAGCAAAACAGUCCGCCGCGGCCAAAAACACCCAAGAUAGCCUGACACUGAAGUUUGGGAACAAAGCCGACCGAACGGCUUUGGAACUCCAACGGGCUAGGCUGAUGUUAAACCCAAAGGCCGACACAUCUUCUAAUCCUUUGACACCGGUCCUGGCCAAAUUGAUGGCACACAUCAAGGGCAAGUACGGCCUGAACGAGGAGCAGUUGUGGAUUGGCAAUCCCAACAAUGAGGAAGAGGGGAUGCAAAUCUUCAACAACCGACUCACAGCUUGGGCCCGCGCGCUGCAGCAUGGGAAGAAUGCCGCCAUCACUCUUGAUCAUCCGCCUGAGACUGAAGAGUUCAAGUGGAUCAAACGCCGAGUGCCAACACUCGACAGCUUGUCAGCGCCAAUAGCCUCUCCCAAAAAACGACGGUCGACCUCUGGGGCUGCAAACACCGGGGCUGGUUGUGGAGUGGGUGGCUCUCACGUGGUCACGCCAGCGGCUUCGGCUGACUCUACUCCCGACUUACCAACCACCUUGCCAAUUGAAGAGGAGGAUCCUAUGUUUCCUGUGGAUUACGAGUCGGAGGUUGAGGUUGUCUGGGAGGCUCCCAACCUUGGGGGCAUGCCAGCAGACUCACCGGGCGGCGGGACUCGCUAUGGCUCGCCAGCUCGCAAGUAUAUACGGAGCCCAACGGGCGAUGUCAUGGGAUCGGCAAUGAGUCAGCUCUCAUUCAUGCGCACAAGAUCCAGCAGUCGUCGGUCUCCACCAAUCUCACCAGCUCGGAAACAGACGAGUUCGAGUGUUCGAUCCUCGGCCACGGGUUCCGUGGUUCUUUCCAACUCAUCUCGCCCACCUAUGUCGGUAUUGAGGGCUUUGCCUGUGCCCAUCCCUGCCGGAGAUGCAAAUGCGAAUACUAGUGCGGACAACGCCUCUAACACUGGGCCCGACGUGGUUGUCCCAAACCAGCCAAACGCCGCCGGUCGAGCCAUGAACAUGGAGCAGUUCCUCACUCACUGCAACUUUCAACCAACUGACAUGGUCCCCAGAGGCCUCAUCCAACUCAAUCACAUUGCCCAUUGGAGCACCUUCCUAACCAUGACCGCCCGCGACCUUACUCUGAUGAGCUUCCCGGAAGCGACCGCUCGCCAAAUCAUCUAUGGUACCACCAGCCUCCGGUCCGAUUUACUAGAGUCUUAA